AUGUCCGGCCGCCGGGCCAGCGGCCAGAAGAACGACAGGGGCAAGCGGGCGGCGGCGCAGCCUCUACCGUCUCCGGGACCGGUCGUAGCCCCGGCCGUCAGUGCCCCACCACGUCCUGGACUCGAACGCGAUGCCGACCAGCUCGUGGCCUGGAAGAGCGUCCAGCACGAGAGGUGGGAGGGGGCACUGCAAGUGGAGGGAAAGCUUCCGCUCUGGCUGGAUGGCACGUACCUGCGUAACGGCCCGGGCCUAUGGGAUGUUGGGGAGUACGGUUUCCGGCACCUGUUCGACGGCUACGCAACGCUGGUGCGCGUCUCGUUCCGUGACGGCCACGCCGUGGGCGCGCACCGGCAGGUGGAGUCCGAAGCCUACAAGGCGGCGAGCGAGCACGGCAAGGUGUGCUACCGCGAGUUCUCGGAGGUGCCUAAGGUGGACAGCUUCGCGUCCUUCGUCGGACAGGUCGCGACCCUCUUCUCGGGCUCCUCCCUCACCGACAACGCCAACACGGGCGUCGUGAGGCUCGGCGACGGCCGCGUGCUGUGCCUGACGGAGACGGUGAAGGGCUCCAUCGUCGUCGACCCCGACACGCUGGACACGGUGGGCAAGUUCGAGUACGAGGACAAGCUGGGUGGGCUGAUCCACUCGGCGCACCCCAUCGUGACGGACACCGAGUUCUGGACGCUGAUCCCGGACCUGAUCCGGCCAGGCUACGUGGUGGUGAGGAUGGACGCCGGGAGCAACGAGAGGAAGUUUGUGGGCAGGGUGGACUGCCGCGGCGGGCCGGCGCCAGGGUGGGUGCACUCCUUCCCCGUCACCGACAACUACGUGGUCGUGCCGGAGAUGCCGCUGCGGUACUGCGCCGAGAACCUCCUCCGCGCCGAGCCCACGCCGCUGUACAAGUUCAAGUGGCACCCAAAGUCCGGGAGCUACAUGCACGUCAUGUGCAAGGCCAGCGGUAACAUUGUGGCGAGCGUGGAGGUGCCGUCGUUCAUCACCUUCCACUUCAUCAACGCGUACGAGGAGAAAGAUGAGGAGGGGCGGGUGACGGCGAUCAUCGCCGACUGCUGCGAGCACAACUCCAACACCUCAAUCCUGGAUGACCUUCGGCUCAACAAUCUCCGUGCCUUCUCCGGCGAGGACGUCCUCACCGACGCGAGGGUUGGCAGGUUCAGGAUACCGCUGGACGGUAGCCCUACGGGGGAGCUGGAGGCGGCGCUGGACCCGGAGGAGCAUGGCCGUGGGAUGGACAUGUGCAGCAUCAACCCUGACCGCCGCGGCAAGGAGUACCGUUACGCCUACGCCUGCGGCGCGCAUCGGCCGUGCAACUUCCCCAACACGCUCACCAAGCUCGACCUGGUGGAGAAGACGGCUAAGAACUGGUACGAGGAGGGCGCCGUGCCCUCAGAGCCCUACUUCGUGCCGCGCCCCGGCGCCGUCGAGGAAGACGACGGCGUGGCGAUAUCGAUGGUGGGCGCCAAGGACGGGUCGGGAUACGCGCUGGUGCUGGACGCCAAGACGUUCCAGGAGGUCGCACGGGCCAAGUUCCCCUACGGGCUGCCCUACGGCUUGCACUGCUGCUGGGUGCCCAGGGGCAAAGUGACAUAA